AUGGCCUCGCCAGACACUCUAAAAUGGUCGGGACAAUUCCAAGUUGGACCCGCGAAUCGGCGCCUCGUGGGAGACAAGAUCACCUUGCCUCAGUCUGCCCUUGAAGCCCUCCUCGCCGCCGCGCCCGUCGUUUCUGUACAGAAUGGCACUUCACGAAACCUCACAUCCGCCUUUGAUCCCUACAAUCCGUAUUCAUUUGCCGCCGAACGUCGUGCGCGCGCCGCUCUGGAGGAUCGCCAGCAACAACUUCCUCAUCCGUUGACGUUUCGAAUACAGAAUCCUCGAAAUGGAAGAGCCGUCUACGCGGGAAUUCAAGAGUUUUCGGCCCCAGAAGGCACGAUCGCAUUGAGCGCCGGCCUAAAGGAGGCGUUGGGACUGUCAGAUGCCAGUGAGCGGUCGUCGAAACAGACAUCGAGGGAAAAUACGCCCAGUGGCGAUGUGGUUAUGACAAAUGGAGCGGACAGUCCCAAGGCAGAAACAGUCACAGUGCAUGCACAGCAAUUGCCCAAAGGCACCUACGUCAAACUGAGGCCGUUGGAAGCGGGCUAUGACCCGGAGGAUUGGAAAUCACUUCUUGAACGAUAUCUCCGAGACAACUACACCACCCUGACCCGUAGCGAAAUACUCGUGGUUCCCGGUGCCCGGCACGAGCGGUUCCGCUUUUUAGUCGACAAGUUUGAACCAGAGGGCGACGGCAUCUGUGUGGUUGAUACCGAUUUGGAAGUGGACAUUGAGCCUCUGAACGAAGAUCAAGCUCGGGAGACGUUGAACAAGCGAUUGGCGAAAAGCAAGCGGCAGCAGCAAGAUGAGACGGAGGGCAGCUCGUCUGGAGGGAUGAUCAGUCUAGAACAGGAGGUUCAGGGCAAGGUGUUGCCUGGAGAUUACGUUGACUACGAAUUGAAGCAGUGGGACCGUGGUCAAGACCUUCAUGUCAUUCUUCAAGUUCCGGACGGCAAUGGGAGCACCCUCGAUCUUCUUGUCAAUCCGUUCUCUGCUCGACAACGCUCCAAACCUCGAGAAGAUGAAUAUGUGUUUGGAGACCUGAGUGUGCGGCCCACAAAAAGGCUGAAGAUUUCCCAUACCAGUGUUGACCUCGAGGAAGCCGAAUCACUCAACCUGGCAGUUCACGCGUGGCGCGAUGCUACGUCCGUCUCGACAGAUGCCGAGCGUCCAAUUGCGUAUACCCUUAAGGUUACUACUUCUAGUGAUCGGCAGACCGACUCAGCCGACAAUGGUCCAUCCGACAUCUCGGCGGACGAGGUGAUGUGCAAGAAUUGUCGCCAAGUCGUGCCGAAACGAACUUUGCCUUUACACGAGGCUUUUUGUUAUCGCAACAAUAUCCUCUGUCCGAAGUGUUCUGGUGUCUUUCUGAAGAACUCGGAAGCAUGGAAGAAUCAUUGGCAUUGUCCUCAUGACGACGAAUAUGGUAACGACUCCACAUCCAAAAGCAAACACGAUGCACUGUUCCAUCCGCCCAAGCCGAUUCCCUGUCCUGCUUGUGAGUUUGAGGCUUUCAAUGUCCCCAUCUUGGCCCAUCAUCGCACGACGACGUGUCCAGGAAAAGAAAUUCUCUGUCAGUUUUGUCACCUGGUGGUCCCGCAGAAGGGUCCUGACGACCCGGAGUUUACGGACGCCGAAGUUCUGCUGUCUGGCUUGACCCCCCACGAACUGGCCGACGGAGCGAGGACGACCGAGUGUCACUUAUGUGGCAAGAUUGUGAGGCUGCGGGACAUGAAGACUCAUUUGCGGCUACACGAUCGGGAGCGGUUUUCUAGACCUAAGCCGAAACGGUGUGCCAACGGCAUGUGUGGCCGCACAGUUCGGGCAGAGGACGAGGCGAGGGUCCAGAAAGAACAAUUGGGCCUCUGCAAUGAAUGCUUCGGUCCACUCUACGUUUCGACGUAUGACCCUGAAGGAAAGAUGUUGCGCAGGAGGGUGGAAAGAAGGCUUCUCCAGCAGCUGAUGGGCGGAUGUGGCAAAUCCUGGUGUCAGAACAGCGACUGGUGCAAGACGGGCCACAAGAACGUCACGGGUGAAGAUAGGGUUGUGUCGGCCAAGGACGGGCUGCCCAUAGUCAAGCCCAUCAUGGAUCAGUUGGCGCAGGGAGUCACUUCGGGAUUGAGGUUCUGCGUCGAUGAAGUCAGCCAGACGCGUCGGCAGCUUGCUGCCGUCAUGGGUCGAGACGGCGAGUACGAGUUGGAAUGGUGUGCCAAAGCGUUGGAGGAGGAGAGGGGUGACGUGAGCGCUGCAUUGGAGUGGUUGAAGCAUCGAGCUCCUAAGAUUGGGGAGACUGUGAGUUAA